UAAUUUUUCCGACGAGUCGUCUACUCAACAGCAAAAUCUACGUUCGUUGAAGCAAGAAAUCGCCUUACUACAGAAAGAUUUCGAAAAUGAAAAGAAGCAAAAAGAAGCUGCGGUUCAAGAAAACAGACGGCUACAAAAUGAUAUAGCUAGUGUCGUAUGUGACUGUAAAGAAGCGAGGAAGCAACUGGAUAUAGACCAGAGACAAGUCGACGAUUUGAAACGCCAGCUCCAGCAUUAUGUGGCUGAAGUGAAAAGAACGGAGGAUCUUAUAUCCCAAAAGGAACUCGAAAGGACGGAGAUUCUGGACCAGUUCAAAUGUUUAUCCGAGGAGGCCAACAUUUUGGAGAGCAACAACCACACUUUGGAAACGGAGGCCACUCAGUCUAGAGUACAACUGUCUGUUGCCCUGGACCACGCUUCGGACCUAGAGAGGAAACUCGAGAACCAAGACGCCGUUAUUCGAAGUUACGAAAAGCAGGUAACGGGUUUGACCAGUCAGGUGGCUAGUUUAGAGAUUCAGUUGAAACAGAAUAACAACCAAUACGACAGACUGACAACCGAGCUUCAACAGAUGAAAGAUUUGUGCGUGAAGUUGGAUCACGAGAGAGAUAGCCUUAAGCGAGAGGUACGUGACGGUGAAGACCAGCGUGGAAAUGUGGAAAGAAACGUUGAUUUCCACAUCCGGCAGAACGAGGAAUUGAAAAAGGCGUUGGAUAAGGAGAGGAACAACUUGGACGGUGUGGAAAAAUUGCUGAAAGAGGCUAGGCAAGACAUCAUAGAGCAGAGGCUCUUGAAUCAGGAUUUGCAAGGGGAAGUGACGAAGCUGAAGGCUAAGGUUGACGAACUUCAGGAGAGGCUAGUUACAACUUCUGAACAAUUAGACUUAUUCCAAGAAAAAGCUUUAGAGUAUAGUCAGCAGAAUAAGCAACUGCGUAGGGAAAUCGCAAAUGAACGUUUUUUUAGGGCAAGGGAGGAUGAAAAUAAAAGAUAUCCAUCGCUCUGAUUCAAAGACAAUUUUAAUUUUAUGUACACUAUUUCGAUUGUAAUUUUAUUAAUUUAUUUUUUAUAUUCUUUUAUAGAUUAAAUCAUU